UGUGCCACACGUUCGGAACUCCGACACGGAACUCCGACGAUUUCAUCACGUUCGUUGGUCGGCCUUAGUACAUCAACUGCAGGCGAACGGCCAUUCAGUCGAGGAAAAGAUUUGAACCGCUUUGGGCCGCUACGUCGUUUGCGGGUCCCCAACAGAAGUUCCAGCCAGUGUUUAGCCCCAAAAGUGUGAGGUGUGUGUUUGGGAGUUUUGUGUAGCUGCUGCUGCUGAUGCGUUCGCAUUCUGCUGGGCUUGGGUCCCUUUGGUGAUUUAUGCGAAACAUUACGACGGGCUGCAAGCUGUUGUUUUUGCAGGGGUUUUAGGGCGUUUGUUGGGAGUUGGGAGAGUGUGAGGGCUGGAGCCGGUCUCCAUUGACACGUCCUGCGGAUUUGCUUCACAUUAAAGAUAGCGGCGGCGGUGAAUGAAGAAAAGGUCGUUUGUCAGAAGGCUUAGAAUUUCAUCAAAGAACGGAAUUGGUACGAAGAAAUAUAAAAGUUUGAAAACGGCUAAGAAAGGGGAGUUCGGCGUUGAAGGCAAAGUCCUUCUAAAGUGAUGUAACUCUUGACACGCGUGUGUAUUUUUCUUCCUUUGCCGCAAGUGGUUCGUAUACACCUUGUUCUUCCGCACCCCGCUCUUAAACUCGAGUGGCAAUCAGUGUGAGCUUUAUGUAAUCGUUACCAGUCGCUGGCAUUUCCCAUGGUUGGAAUGGUGCAAGUGGAGCAACUAAGAGCGUGGUGAUUGAAGCGUUUGCAGCGACCUACUAACAAGAUCCUUUGGAAUCGCUAUCUUAGGGGACCGAUCUGGAAGAAAAGAAACCGUGCCAUUUGUUGAAAUCGUUUGAGUUUAAAGGGCGAAGAAAAUCAAUGCUCAGAGUGCUGAUUAAGAGAAACGUGCCUAACAGUCGGUUUUCUAGUCUUGUGCUUCCGUGUGAUUUCAGAAAGAUUCCCGAUUCGAAUCAGUGAAAAAACUCGCUUUGAUCCCAUUCCAUACAUUUUACUGAAAGUGUGAAGCCUGUCUACCGGUGGAAAUUAUCAGUGGAGCAAAAAAAGGUGAAACGUAUCUUACACAUAUAAAGCCAAUAUUUGCCAGUCAUUAACGAUUCUCGCAAAAAAAAAAAAAAAAAGUAAAACGAAAGGUGCAGAAGCGAUAUUAAAAAGGGAUUUUCACCCUCCUACUCGUACCAGACGGUAAGGAAAAAUUUCAACCGGCCGGUGGUGGAGGUGAACAGCACACCCGUCUCGUACCCUGGCAAAGUGAAACGAUUAGCCGAACCGGAAGUUUAUUAUUUCCGCUGUUUUUUUGCCUCUCCGGUGUUUUGCCAUCGUCGGCACUGACUGUUGGUGAAAAUUAGGGCUGUCUAUUGUUGCGGCGCAGACGACGACGCCUCUUUUUGCACGAAAGCCAAGGCGGUUAGGAAGUUCUUUAUUCGAAGAUUAUCAUCUUCAGGCAGUUUUCCGGAAUUUUGCGUUGAACACUUUAAGGUGCAACCACAAUCAUACUUGCAAUCAUAACACUUUCAUCGCUUCCCCAGUAGAAUGGAAUCCUCUGCAUUAUGACAAUAACCGGGAUCACUAGAACCGAAGAACGCACGCCAAGUGGAUAGAACGUCCCGGGAGCAGAGCGAGCGCAGCCGAUAGCAGCAGAGCCUGCAGAACGCUACAUUACAAACGGAAGGGAAAGAAAAUCACCCAACAACUCCCCCCCAACAUCAGCUUCUUUUUCGGACUUGGUUCAGUGCAACAUGAGCUCACGUCACGCCUUCUACACCGUCGAGGUGGGCGACACCAAGUUUACGAUUCUGAAGCGAUACCAAAACCUGAAACCGAUCGGAUCCGGCGCGCAAGGCAUUGUGUGUUAAAUCGCCUACCAUAUUUUGAUUGCCCUUUGAGUUUGAUUUUUUGUGUUGGAAAACGUAUUUUUUCUUCUGUUAAUAUCCUCAUCUGACCGCAGUACCCAAGAAUAUUAGAACGUAAACAUAUCACCCAAUAUAGUCGUAACGUUUAGCUAGUAAAAAAACAUCAUCGUUGUAAAAAUGAGUCAAAAUAGGGCGGGAGCCUUCGAGAAGUACCAAUUCGGGGAUACGGAAUUCGAGGUUCCUGCGCGGUACGUCCGGCUGGAAGCGAAGGGCUUCGGAGCCCAGGGCAUGGUCUGUGCCGCAUACGACACAGUCACCCAGCAGAAUGUCGCCAUCAAAAAGCUAUCACGACCGUUCCAAAAUGUCACACAUGCCAAACGAGCCUACAGGGAGUUUAAGCUUAUGAAAUUAGUCAAUCAUAAAAAUAUUAUCGGACUAUUAAAUGCAUUCACGCCUCAACGUACGCUCGAAGAAUUCCAAGAUGUCUACCUGGUCAUGGAGCUCAUGGACGCCAACCUGUGCCAGGUCAUCCAGAUGGACCUGGACCACGAGCGGAUGUCCUACCUGCUGUACCAGAUGCUGUGCGGCAUCAAGCAUCUCCACUCGGCCGGUAUCAUUCACAGGGACUUGAAACCUUCCAACAUCGUGGUCAAAUCGGACUGCACGUUGAAGAUUCUGGACUUUGGGCUGGCCCGCACGGCCGGAACGACGUUCAUGAUGACACCGUACGUUGUCACGAGGUACUACCGCGCCCCGGAGGUCAUCCUCGGAAUGGGCUACAAGGAAAACGUGGACAUCUGGUCGGUUGGAUGCAUCAUGGGCGAGAUGAUCCGCGGAGGGGUGCUAUUCCCCGGUACCGAUCAUAUCGAUCAGUGGAACAAAAUCAUAGAGCAACUGGGAACGCCGUCGCCCUCGUUCAUGACCCGGUUACAGCCAACGGUGCGGAACUACGUCGAGAACCGUCCCCGAUAUACCGGCUAUCCGUUCGAUCGGCUCUUCCCGGAUGUGCUGUUCCCGACCGACUCGAACGAACACAACCGCCUCAAAGCUAGUCAAGCGAGGGAUCUGCUCAGCAAGAUGCUAGUCGUGGAUCCCGAGCACCGUAUCUCCGUCGACCAGGCCCUGGUGCACAGCUACAUCAACGUGUGGUACGACGAGAGCGAAGUCAAUGCGCCCGCUCCCGGUCCUUACGAUCACAGCGUGGACGAGCGUGAGCACACCGUAGAACAGUGGAAGGAACUCAUCUACCAGGAGGUCAUGGAGUACGAAGCCCGCAACAAUCUGACCGACGGGGAGGGCACCCCACGGUAGAAAUCAUCGGCCGAAUAAAACGAACCCAAUCUGGUGUUCCGGAACUCGGCGACGGCCGCGACUGCGACGACGAUGGAAGCAGCAGCCAGUUUGUGCGAAGAGCGUUUGGUAUGAUCAGCAACAACAACGGACAGGACGGAUAAUUCAGACGUAAGACAAAAGAGAGACAAAUCCCGAGCAUUAGCGAAUGUGAUUCCUCCGCGAAAUGGAAAGAGAUAAGCAUUGCACCAUUUGCAGUGACAGAAAAAUGACAUUCAAUAUACCUACCCUUUGUUCCCCCUAUUGAUAAGAGACAAAUUCACCUAAAUAAAGUCAACAUUCUCCGUCUCAUCACCACUCGCCUAAUGAUUCGAAGAAGGUGGGGAUCCCCAGGCAUUAAUACAAAUCAAAGCAUCCAGAGAAGAAAGUGGUUUCGUUUCGACAGCCCUAUUUCGAACAAUAGGGUUGUAAAUACCGUACUAAAGGAAGAAGUAUUUGAUUGGCUGAGACAGAAUACAAAAUAAAUCGUGCGCUGUGAAGAUCAUCACUAAAAAAAUAAUAAAACACAUCAAUGAUUAAGUACAGAAUAACUGAGCAAAAAAAAGUGAAUUCUGUAGCAACCGAGGUUUGUAAAUAUUUAUUAAAUUUGUGACAGGCAACUUGUGAGCGGUUAGGCGGAAAAUCAAUGGCAUGACAUACCUAGAUCAUAAAUCAUAGCAGACAGUUCGAGUAGCGAGUGAGUUAAGUGAAUAAGCGAUUAAUAUACAGAAGAAAAACCAGCUGGUCAAAAUGUGCAAUAUUUUCAUCGGCGUCGACAGUUUCGAAACCAUAAAACAAACAAUACCAACCGGCACGCUUCCAACCAUCAUGAAUGGCAUCCCCAAAAAAAAAAUCAUCAUCAAACAAACCUCUUAAGCCGCUUCAAAUUGUUGAACACAAUCUAGGAUACAAAUCUAAUCACGAAAUCAUCAACCAUUUGGAAGACGUGUGGUGAAGUAUGGUCUUACAAAAACACACGCGUUCCUCAUUACGUUCAAUUUCCAGUCAUCCGGUCCGAACACCCAAGGUGAGUCAGUCUAUCGUCAUUGAACCUUCAUUUUAUUUCCCAUUUAUGUUUUUAAUGUUGGUGAAAAUGCUCAGGUUAACACCACUUAUGGGCAGACUAGAAUCGUUACAACAAAUGCCUCUGUUAAUGGUCUACCGUUCUUUCCGGUGGCUAUUACAAUCGAUCCGUCAAAAACAAAAUGGUCGGUUUGUUUUCGUGGUUGGUUUGACAGAUGGAAAUUUUUCUUCACCGAAACACUGUAUAGGGUUCUACAUGCAUCGUUUGCUGGGUGGACCAUUUUUUUUUUAACAAAAAAGUAAAAAAAAUGGAACUAAGACAACUGCAUGGAAAAUUUGAUCAAAAUUCAAGUUUCAAGUCAUUGUGAAAAUACUAAGAGGUGCUUCUGAAUGACUUUCUUUGUUGAAAAAUUAAGGGACGACAUAUAAAACACAGUUUUUAUUCCUGAAAGCGUUUCUGAAAUUCUUAUAAAAAAAAUAAAAAAAAAAUCGAUCCUCUAGAAAUUUUUGAAAACUAUUGUUUUUUGAAGUCAUUGAGUAUAAAAGCGAUUGACUAUGAAUAAAAUAAAAGCAUAUCGAAGGACGUUUAUGUACUUUUAUCCAAAAUCACAAAAAGAGUAUUUGUUUAUUUUAUUUUUUUUUUGUUUUACUGAAAAUGCCUUUAUUUUUUUUAUCUGUUUUAACGAGAUUUUUAGCUAGUUCAUCUCGGGACCCACGCUUUACUUCCCUUCCGAAGGAAGAACCCACAUUUUGCGAGUUUGUCGGGAGUGGGAUUCGAUCCCAGGUCCUCGGCGUGAUAGUCAAGUGUUCUAACCACCACACCAGGUCCGCUCCACAAUAUUUAUUUUAAAGUUAUUAUGUUUUCUUUGUUAUGAAAAGGUUCAGAUGGUUUCUUUUCAAAUAUCUAGCGAAUUUACCUCUGAAUUUCACACAGAAGUACUGAAAUUUUGAAAAGUUCUUUAAAUUUGAGACCAACACCACCAAGUACGCGAAAUGUCCAACAUUUAAAUUCUUGUUAAACUACUGCGGCAUGUAGACCCCUUUUAUCAUCAUACUAUAUAAUUUAUGCAUGACUAUUCAAUCUAUUUAAUAAUUUUGAUAACACUGCCCUUCAUUCAAGCUAAGGUAACCCAAAACGAUGACGGCAUCAAGUUCAAAAGACGAAUAGGAGAUUUUAAAUUUGUUAACUACAUUUCACAAAUUCACAAAACGAUCAUUUUCAAAAUAGUAACGUUCGGUUGCCAUCCCAAUUGCCAUAAUCAUACAAAUCCGACAGAAGUAAACACAAAAUGUACAUGAAGGUACUUAAAUAUGGCAAAUAAACCAAUACCAACUACCAGAUCAACUUAUAAACAUAAGAAAAAAAAACAGCAACGUUUUAUUCGGUAUAGUUUGUAAAAAGUUCUCUUAAGAACAAAUCGUUCCGAAAGUGAAAAAUUUGUUGGAUUGAUUUGUGGUAGCAUGAGGUAUAUACCAGUAUGUAAACAUUGAUUAUGCAAACAAUAAAUAAAGUAGAACAAAGAAUCCUGUAAAUAGUACUAAUGUAUGGAAGUAAUAAUACAAAUCUAGAAAACAAAGUCUAAACAAAGCAGAGAAAAUCAUAUAGCAAUUAGUGCAGCCCAAACUUACGUUAAAAAUAGUCACAGUAAAGAAACCAAGCUCCGGUCAUUUUUUGAUGAUUGAGCGCACUUGACGGCAGUUGAAAAAUCAAUUUAUCAUCGCGUUGGAGCGAACACAUAUACCAGCCUUCGUUAAUGGAAGGUCCUAUGUGCGAUGAUAUUUUUUUAGCAGAAGUUAUCUAAAAAAACGUAAAAAUUAUCGCCGGCACACCUACUUUGGUAAAGGCAAACCAAUACUGACACAAAACACACUUGCAACUCUUCUACCAGGAGCUGAAAAUAUUCCUAUCGGAUCAUAAAAUAGCCGGGACAAACGCAGACACACAAACGCAAAAUUCCGACUUAGCCAACAGGUUCAAUAUGACAAUUCUAAGCAAACAUUAUUAUAAAACAUAACUACACACAUGGAAGCAAAUGAGUAAAAGAACAGUUUUACGAUUCCGCCCUUUUUAUAGAAUGAAAAAAAAAAUAAACACAAAUGAUAUAGACGGCAGAAAAAUGGAUGGACGAAAACAAGUAUCUUCUAUCAAGAGCUGCAAAAAUAACCCUGAUUCAUGGAAGUUUUUUCCCAACAUAGAAUUGUUAUAACUUUUCGAAAAAAAAAAUAGAAAAUAUUUCGAUGAAACGUCAAACUGGUCGAUGAGAUGACAUACUAAUUGAGACAACAAAAAAAAAAUUAGUGACAAUCGCUUCCUUCAAUUUCCGUUAUCUACUGAUUAGAUAUAUGAUUUGCAAAUCUCGUCGCUUAAUGGCAAUAUUCGUCUGAAUAAUUGACAAGCAAAGCUAAAAAAAUAUUGAAUAAACGUCCAAGCAUUUAAACAAAAUAAAGUCUAAAAACCAUUUUUACCACAAAACAGCCGUAACCGAUAUUCCAAAAUGACGUUACAUACACAAACACAGUUCACAUUUCCUCGCUUUUCGUAUAGGUUGGAGCAACUAUUAUUUCAUAGAUUACACUUAGCCAUCCCCACAGAUCAAACAACAAAAAUAAACGAAAACCUCUACAACACGAAUUACUUCAGUAGGAUGUAGUUAGAUACCAUUCGAUAGGCUCUUUUCCUCUUCUCAAAAACUUAUUUUCCUCUAGUUCACAACUCACUCUUGAAGACUUGAGCAAACAAGCAAGAAAGAACAUAAAAGUAGUAUCUAUCUCUAGGUAACCUGUACUGGUAACAACAAAUAGCAAAGAGAAUAAAAAAACGGAAAAUUGCAGUUGAGAGAGGAAGUGUUUAAAACACACGAAAACAGCAAAAUAUUUAAAAAUUUACAACUAGACUUACAAAAACUAUUACAAAGGAAACUACAUUACUGAAAUGGAAACGAGAGGAAAAAGUAAAACAACAAUGGUUGAUCGCCGAGCGAGCGGCAGACGAUACAAACUUUAGACAAACACACACACACACACCCAUGCAGCAGUCUCACACACACUCACACUUUAAUAAGGUAGGAACACAGGCGCGGGCAGUGGAACUGAAUAACAAAAGAACAGCAAGCGACGUAGGUGGCGCAAACUGAAACUGUGUCGGUUUAACGCGAAAAGGAAGAUUGAGUUUAGACGUGUAUUAAGAAUAAAAGGCAGAACGCAAAUAAUAUUAUAAUAAUUCAACAACCAGAAAAAAAAAACAAACAAGAUGAUUAAAACAAAACAAAACCAACAAAACUGAUAAGACAGAACUAAGAAUGGAAAUAAAAAAAAGUAAAACUGGAAAAUAAACGAUAAUAAAACUUAUUUAUCACAAAAAGAAAGUGAUUCAUCUAA